GUUUCUAAGUGCUAUGCAUAUAACCCAGCUGAACAGAGAGUGCCUUUUGCAUCUAUUUUCAUUCCUGGACAAAAGCAGUAGAAAAAGUUUAGGACAGACAUGUCAAAGACUGCUUGAGGUGUUCCAGGAUCCGUCCCUGUGGUCCCUGCUGAGUUUUCAUUCUCCCGUGGAACUGAAGAAGGAUAAUUUUCUCUUGGGAGCAGCUUUAAAGUACCUGUCCAUCUGCUGGCAUUCAAGCAGAGUCAAAGUGUGUAACAUUGAGGACUGGAUGAAAAGCUCAUUCCAGAAAGACAUUUGUAGCAAGCAUGAAAACACCGUCAAUGAGUUUUUAUUACAAGUCUGCAACAGGUGCCCCAACCUGCUGUCCCUGACCUUGUCUGGAUGUGGCCAUGUCACAGACUAUUACCUCACGCUGCUGCUCAAGUGCUGCCCAAAUCUCAAGAUACUGAAACUGGAAAACUGUGUGCGUAUCACUGAUCAGACUCUGGAAGCAGUGACCCACUACGGUGGCUCUUUACACACGCUCCAUGUGGACUUUUGCCGGAAUAUCACCCACACUGGUUUAGAGAAAGUCAGAAAGAAACAUCCUUCAGUCAUGUUGAAAGCAGAAAAGAGUGCCAGCAUGAUUCCAGACUGCAAACCAGAAGAAAAGCUGGUGCUGGAAAGGAUGAGAAGAAAAUUUGUACAACAGUAGCUGGGAAAAUGGCAGAGAUUCACCAUGUGUAUAGUGAGCAACAUUUUCAGUUCCCACUCAAUGUAAGUGCUGCAAUUAAGCCCGUUUUAAUUUAGCCUCUUUUAAAGGAGCAUUUUGUAACAAACCCAACACAUGGGCGUUUACUUUGACCACAAAGCUCUCACUGCAUAUUUUACACUGCUUCACAGGCCUAGAAAAUGCCAUCUGUUGGCACAAAAGUCAGUGAAGGCCUGAGCAGAGACAACUGCCAUCAGGCUAUGUGCUUCUUUUGCUUGGCUAACUUUUAUGAUGUAUCCAAACUGCAGGGCCAAACAGAACUGAGGGGAAACAGUAUUUCAAAAGAAAUACCAGGUACGUGCCUCUCGGGUCAGAGAAGGAACAAUCCAAAGCCAAACUCCAGCUACCACAAGAACUCACCAAGUGCUAAGGCAGAUCCUGCUCCCUGACAAGUCACUCACUGGGGGACUACAGUGUCAAUAAUGACAAAUCACACAAGUAGCAAAUACUAUGGAAGGUAGUAGAAACCAAGCUCAAUUGCUUACAUGAUGUAUGUUGACAACUUAAGCUCUAGUCUACUCAAUAUAAAUAUUACUGUAAGACUGAUAUUAACCACAUGCUUGUAUCCUAGCUGAGAAGACAGUGGUUUACAGUUAGUAAAUGGCAUAUGCUCUACAAUUCUCUUGUGCAAAUGUUCUACAGCAAAAGGACAAUUUUAUAACCUCCUGCUGUAUAAUUAUAUAAAAUACUGUCAGUUUUCUGCUUUCUACUAUCAUAUGCAUACAUAAAGCACGUUAGUAUGUGGCGUUGCUACAUGGAUACUAUAUUCUAAUUACAGAUAGGCCUUAAAUAACCAGUAUGAUUUUAAUCUGGUGUCCAAAAUUGGCCUUAUAUACAAUGUUCUGCACUUUGGGCCAAAUUCUUCAACUAGCACCUGAUAUUGUGCCAGACUUCAGGACUCGCAUCUGCCUCUCUAUAGAUAAGGUAAUUUCCACACUAUUCAGUUUAUUCCAAGACAAUAUGGUACAGUGAUUGCCAUAAAAACUGUGAAACGUUUUUGCCUAAGAUAACAUUAUACCUCAGUAUUUGUAAUGAAUAUUAUAAGCUAUAAGGCCAGGAGGAGACCACAGUUAUCACCAAGUCUGGUCUGUUUAAUACAGACCAGAGGCCAUCCCUGAAUUCAUUCCUGUUUGAACUAGAGUAGCUCUUUUACUAAAACAUCCAAUUUUGAGCUCUACACUUCAUACUGAACAGCCAGAAAUCUGGUACACACUGGAGGUAACAUAUUCAAGGCAAAGGAAACUUCAGAUGCAUACAAAACAGCUAAGUCAAUAAAACCCAGUCACCACUUUCCUGCUGCAUCUGUAUCUAA